UGCUCCUUUAAGCGUCCACAGGCGGCGGAGCGGCCACAAUCACAGCUCCGGGCACUGGGGGAGCCCGAACGGCUGCGCCGGGGGGAUCCGUGCGGGGCGCCUACCGCCCAGGUCCCAUCCUCGCCGCGAUCCCGCACCCCUGAAGUUUUGCAGCGCCCAGAAAGGAGGCGAGGGAGGAGGGGGGAGCGUGAGAGGAGAACGAGCAGAAGCACACCCUAAAACAUUUUAUUUCCAAAAGAAAAGAAAAAGGGGGGAGGCGCGCAAAAAAAAAAAAAAUGGCUGGGGCAAUUAUAGAAAACAUGAGCACCAAGAAGCUCUGCAUUGUUGGUGGGAUUCUGCUCGUGUUCCAAAUCAUCGCCUUUCUGGUGGGAGGCUUGAUUGCUCCAGGACCCACCACGGCUGUGUCCUACUUGUCAGUGAAAUGUGUGGAUGUUCGUAAAAACCAUCACAAGACAAAAUGGUUCGUGCCUUGGGGACCCAACCACUGCCACAAAAUCCGAGACAUCGAUGAAGCGAUUCCAAAGGAAAUAGGAGCCAAUGACAUUGUGUUUUCUGUCCACAUUCCUCUCCCCUUCAUGGAGAUGAGUCCUUGGUUCCAAUUCAUGCUGUUUAUCCUGCAGCUGGACAUUGCAUUCAAGCUGAACAACCAAAUCAGAGAAAAUGCAGAAGUUUCCAUGGACGUUUCCCUGGCUUACCGUGAUGAUAUGUUUGCUGAAUGGACUGAAAUGGCCCAUGAGAGAGUGCCUCGGAAACUCAAGUGUAUCUUCACAUCCCCCAAGACCCCAGAGCACGAGGGCCGUUACUAUGAAUGUGAUGUCCUUCCUUUCAUGGAAAUCGGGUCUGUGGCUCAUAAGUACUACCUUUUGAACAUCCGGCUGCCUGUGAAUGAAAAGAAGAAAAUCAACGUUGGCAUAGGGGAGAUAAAAGAUAUUCGGUUGGUGGGAAUCCACCAAAAUGGAGGCUUCACCAAGGUGUGGUUUGCCAUGAAGACCUUCCUUACACCCAGCAUCUUCAUCAUUAUGGUGUGGUACUGGAGGAGGAUCACCAUGAUGUCCCGACCCCCAGUGCUUCUAGAAAAAGUCAUCUUUGCCCUUGGGAUUUCCAUGACUUUUAUCAAUAUCCCAGUGGAAUGGUUUUCCAUUGGGUUUGACUGGACCUGGAUGCUAUUGUUUGGUGAUAUUCGGCAGGGCAUCUUCUAUGCAAUGCUUCUCUCCUUCUGGAUCAUCUUCUGUGGCGAGCACAUGAUGGAUCAGCAUGAGCGGAAUCACAUAGCAGGGUAUUGGAAGCAAGUCGGACCAAUCGCUGUUGGCUCUUUCUGCCUCUUCAUAUUUGACAUGUGUGAGAGAGGGGUACAACUCACGAAUCCCUUCUACAGUAUCUGGACUACAGAUGUUGGAACAGAGCUGGCUAUGGCCUUCAUCAUCGUGGCUGGGAUCUGCCUCUGCCUGUACUUCCUGUUUCUGUGCUUCAUGGUAUUUCAGGUGUUUCGGAACAUCAAUGGGAAGCAGUCCAGCCUGCCAGCCAUGAGCAAAGUCCGGCGGCUGCACUAUGAGGGCCUGAUUUUCAGGUUCAAGUUCCUCAUGCUUAUCACCUUGGCCUGUGCUGCCAUGACCAUCAUCUUCUUCAUUGUUAGUCAGGUGACUGAAGGCCAUUGGAAGUGGGGUGGUGUCACAGUCCAGGUGAACAGUGCCUUUUUCACAGGCAUCUAUGGGAUGUGGAAUCUGUACGUCUUUGCUUUGAUGUUCCUGUACGCACCAUCCCAUAAGAACUAUGGGGAUGACCAGUCUAAUGGUGAUCUGAGGGUCCACAAUGGGGAAGAACUCCAGCUCACCACCACUAUCACCCACGUGGACGGACCCACCGAGAUCUACAAGUUGACCCGCAAGGAGGCCCAGGAAUAGAUGGCGGCAGCACUGGCUGGGACUGUUCCCACAUCCCAGUCCUUCUGACUGGAGUGUGGAGCAUGCCAGCGAGAGCUCACUGUGCGAACCAACCCUCCACUGCUCCGUGUCUCAGCUGUGGUUUCUUGGACCAGUGGCGUGGACCAGUUUGCCUUCUGACCAGAGCUCUUGGGGGAAGAUUCCACAGCCGCUAAGGCGUUGUGUAUGAUAACAAAACCUCUGGUAUGACACAUUUUCUGUGAUCAUUGUUAAUUAGUGAUGUAGUAACAUCUGUAGCAGGUGGUUAGUAAACCUCAUGUGUUGGGGGUAUACUCCUUGGGGGGAUGAUGUGGGCCAGAUGGGGUCUAUAUGGAGUGGAAUAUUUGACUUGUUUUCCUGUUUUAGAUUCUAGGAUAGGUUUUUUAACAUCCUUUGCAGUCCAAGAGAGGCUGGUGUCAUAGUCUCACACUCCUAGUUCAUGACCACUUUUUUUCCUAUUUAUAUCACCAGGUAGCCUGUUGAGUUAAUAUUUAAAUUGUCAAUAGACAUGUGUUCCUCUUUUUUUUUUUAUGGCAUACUAUAAAAUAACUGAAUUUCGUGAGAUGGUCUAUUUCAGCUUUGGAACCAAAUCUGUGUAUCCGAUAUUGACCGAUCUGUUGGAUGUGGGUUGGGUCUGAAAGCUUUUUUAACCUCCUGCUUACAAUGUGUUUCCUUUCGAUAAGAUGCUUCAAACAGCCUCCAGAAGUGUAGAUCGGAUCCAUUAAAUAAACCUGUACGUAUAUGCAUAUA